CUGAUGGAGCCCAACCACACCCUCGCGAGGAACUGGAGCGUCCCCGGAGACCCUUUCGUCGGGCUUCAGCUGCUGCUGCAGUUCAAGCCGCUCUUUGUGCCUCUCUACUGCCUCCUGGUGGCGGUGGCGUGCCUCGGCAACUCCUCCUUGGUGCUCUGCAUCGCCGCCGACCGCAAGCUCCACAACGCCACCAACUUCUUCUUGGGCAACCUCUCGGUGGGCGACCUCCUCAUGUGCUUGGCCUGCGUGCCUCUGACAGUCUCUUAUGCUUUCGAGCCCCGCGGCUGGCUCUUCGGGCCUGCCAUGUGCCACGCCGUGGUCCUCCUGCAGGUGGCCACCGUCUACGUCUCGGUCCUGUCUCUCACAGCCAUCGCCGUGGACCGCUAUGUGGUGGUGGCCUACCCGGUGCGGCGACGCAUGGCCCUGCGCUACUGCGGGCUCGUGGUGGCCGCCAUUUGGGUCGCCUCUCUUGCGCUGGCGGUGCCACCUGCAUUGCACUCAACGUACCUGGACCUCAGCAGCAUCGGACAGGAGCUGUACAUCUGCGAAGAGUUCUGGGAUCACAUGGCGACGCAGCAGCUGGCCUAUUCGUGCGCCACGCUUUUUGUCAGCUACAUGGUCCCCCUCUUGGCCGUCACCGUGUCCUAUUGCUCCAUCUCGGCCCACCUCCGCCGCCGGUGCGUUCCCGGCUUGGCCAGCUCCGACCAGAGUCAGUGGAACAGACAGAAGCGUAAAACCUUCGUCCUGCUGGUGGGGUCGGUGUUGGCCUUCGCCUUUUCCUGGAUGCCUCUGCAAGUCCUCAACCUGGUCCGGGACGUGGACCCCGACUUCUCCGUCUUGAGCAAGAGGUACAUCAACGUGGUCCAGCUUUCCUGCCACUUGGUCGCCAUGAGCUCGGCUUGCUACAACCCCUUCAUCUACGCCUCCCUCCACCGCAAGUUCAGGGCCCGCCUGCGGGGCUAUUUCUGCCGCAGGGAGGAGAAACGAGGCAGGGCGGGCCACCCCGAUAACCUCGCCCACGGCACGGCAGCAGUGUGACAAAGCCUUCUUGCUUCAUCGGGACACGCCUCACUGGUUUGCUUUGAUAGCUGCCCAUUUAAACACUGUCCAGCUGUCCGGGCCCUGCGGGACCUUGGUGAGUUCCGCAGGGCCUGUAAGACAGAGCUAUUCCACCG